AUGGGCAACGACAAGAACAUCAGUGCAUACUAUGCCCCCACCGGCGGACUGCCGCCCCAGACGCAGCUUCUGACCGACCGUGCCAUGUUCACCGAAGCCUAUACCGUCAUCCCCAAAGGCACCUUCAGCGACAUCGUCACCAGUUUCCUGCCCUUCUGGGAGCAGACGCGGCUGUGGGUGAUCGCCCGUCCGUUGUCGGGCUUUGCCGAGACCUUCUCGCAAUACAUCAUGGAAGUGCAGCCGGGGGGUGGCAGUGACCGCGCCGAGCUCGACGAGAGCGCCGAAGGGGUGCUGUUUGUCGUGGAAGGCCAAGUCAGCGUCACCUUGGCCGGCGAGACGCACACGCUGACGGAGGGGGGAUAUGCGUAUCUGCCUCCGAAAAGCGGAUGGACCCUGCGCAACACUGGCGUGGCGACGGCGCGCUUCCAUUGGAUCCGCAAGGCGUAUGAAUCCGUGGCCGGACUCGACACGCCCGACCCACUGUUCCUCAACGAGAAGGACAUCGUGCCCACCGCGAUGCCAAACACCAACAAUGCCUGGGCCACCACGCGCUUUGUCGACCCAACCGACCUGCGGCACGACAUGCAUGUCACCAUCGUCACCUUCGAGCCCGGCGGUGUCAUCCCCUUCGCGGAAACUCACGUCAUGGAACAUGGCCUGUAUGUCCUCGAAGGCAAGGCCGUCUACCGUCUCAACCAGGACUGGGUCGAGGUCGAAGCGGGCGACUUCAUGUGGUUGCGUGCCUUCUGUCCCCAGGCCUGCUACGCCGGUGGCCCAGGCAAAUUCCGCUACCUGCUCUACAAGGACGUCAAUCGCCACAUGAAGCUCUCGCGAUAG